CAAAUAGACUGUAAACUUGCUAUGAUUGUGAAGUCGGUCUGUUCUUAGGUUUAAGAAAAUAAUACUCUUACAAACAAUAGUCAGAGUAAGUGAUCUAUUAUUUGUGGAGGAAUAUGCGUAUCAACUGUAUUUUGUAAAUCAUGUCUGACGACGACGAGGGGCCUCGGAACUUUUCAGAAGAAUGGGAACGAAUAAGGAACAUUCGACGUUUUCGAGAGCUGUUCCACGGUCGUUUCUCUGAUGGCGAGUCAGAGACCAUUGUCGAUCACUUCAAUGGCGAUAUACAUCACGCGGUGUCAUUUGCCUUGGAAGCCCCCCAAGCAGAAAUCCAGGAUGUGUUAGGAAAUCACGGGUGGCGUGUAGUGCAGUACGUCCGUGAAAGUCAGUUGCUGCAAGACGUAGCGCGUAGGAACGAGAUCAGCGCAGAAAUCCGACAGUUCAGUUGCGAGCGAUGUGACCAUAUGUGGUGGAGAAAGGUUCCGACAAGAAAGCCCGUAUCCCGAUGUAACAAGUGUCGAAGUCGGUAUGACCCUCUUCCACGUGACAAAGAGUGGGGGUGGGCGAAGUUCAUCUGUCCAAACUGUGGAAAUGAGUUCCAUCAUUUUGGGGCGAUGGACGUUAGGCAACUAAGAAACAUGCACGGACAAAUGUUGCAUGGUAAAAGCAAGUGCCUAUGCUUUGGUGCCGGAUGUUACCCUCCUUCGCUGGUGGAGCCGACUGAGAUUCUGCCACCCAUCCGACGUCCGGAAAGGCGUAUUCGCAACGGUGUACACUGCUCGGCGUAUAAUUGCUUCCGGCGGUACCCUCCCAACCCUGACGAACCAAUAAUACCAGUCUGCGUUCACCCAGCGUCUCUCAGAAGAGUUCCGGUCAAUGUUCUGGUUCCCGCCGACAACCACGUGAGCACGGGAUCCACGGUUAAAACGUUCCUCACCCAGGACGAUCUGGCUGCACCUUACAGCCCAUAUGAGCCUAGUUUAGCGGAUAUCGAUGGUAGCGACUGAGGCAACGGAACCACAAAUUCUAAUCUAUGAAUUAGUUUAGGAUUUGGUUUUCUGUUAUCGUCGAUUUUCUCAGUCUUGCUUUGAUAGAUAUGAUACCAUUCACACUUACGUUUAAGACAUAUUGAGGGUUUCUUGUAUUUUUGCAUAUUGGAUGAUGGUUGACAAUAUCAAUACUAUUUGGCAAAGGUAAUGGGGAGAUAAUGAUGUCAUCUCUUAACAAAGCGAAGUUUUUCAUGUACUCGUAUUUCUGAAUGCAAGUAGCAAGGACUCGACAAGCUAUUAAUAUGCGAAUGUUCGGAAGGAAUACAAUUGUAUUGAUAUCAAUAAUUAUUAACCAUGCUUAUGAUAUGAAAUGACACUGGGUUAUUCAGUUGUUGCUAAAAAUGAACUGUAAAGGUUACUGUUUACUUCAAUCUGAAAACAAAAUAAUCACAACAACAUUUUACUUGUGACUAGGAAUGUUGAAAAUGUGUCAUAGAUUUUAAGCGUUACAAUCUUGCUAAUUGUGUUUAUGCUACUAAAGAACUGUUGACUAUUUUUGUUAAUACUUUGUGAUUGAAUUUGGGGCGUAUGCUUUUGUAUUUAUGUUUAUUUUACAGCGGGUACUUAAAUAUGUAUUAUAAAUGUAUAUGCUUUUAAAAUUGGGAUCACGCGAAAUCAAAAAAGGAAUCAUGGGCGAAACCAUGGCAUUAAUAUAAAUUAAUACAGAUUUACAUUUUAUGUAAUAUGUUGCCGUGAAAUUGUGUUAUGUUAAACACAUAUACAAUAAAAGGAUGAACGUCGUACUACCUAAACAUUAUGUUUCGACAACAUUCUCAAAUACGAGUGUUGACAUGUUUUUGGUGACAUAUCUUACAUUAAGUACAGUAUAUUAUAUAUAAAUAAAAUAUUCUUUCAUUUUUAAA